AUGCAGUGUGGCUGCCUGCCCCAGGGCCUGCCCGUUCUGCCCAGCUCCCACUGGGUAUCAGGCCUGGCCUUCCCUGCCUGGGCAUACAAAGCUGAGUCCAGCCCCGGCUCCCGGCAGAUCCAGCUGUGGCAUUUCAUCCUGGAGCUGCUGCAGCAGGAGGAGUUUGGCCAUGUCAUCGCCUGGCAGCAGGGGGAGCACGGCGAGUUCGUCAUCAAGGACCCCGAGGAGAUGGCUCGGCUCUGGGGGCAAAGGAAAUGCAAACCCCAGAUGAACUAUGACAAGAUGAGCCGGGCACUCAGGUACUACUACAACAAGCGCAUCCUGCACAAGACCAAGGGCAAGCGCUUCACCUACAGGUUCAACUUGAGCAAUCUCAUCUUCCUCAGCUGCCCGCUGUGGGAUGCCCACCACCCAUCACUGCCAGGCACCAGCAGCCGGUGCCAGCCCCCCACCAUGCCGAGACAGCUGGUGUCAAGGGUGCUGCUGAGCCAGCAGGUGCUGGCAGAGCCCCUGGCCUGGCAGCGGGAUGCCUCGCACCCCCAGCACCCCGACACGCUGGAGAAGAGGGUGCUCAUCCCCAGGAUCUGUAAGUAG